ACUGCAACAAGAAAAAAAAAAUCUCUUUUACAACUGUCUUCCCCCAUGAUCUCAUCAAAUCCAUUUCUUCGAUUCAAUUUUUCACCAACAUGAUUUCAUACCAAAACUUUUUUAAACAAAUCUCUUCAUUUUCCUUAGUCCCAACAAAUUUUUCACUAUUUCUCUCUGUUUUGCAACUAAAUCCAUUUUAUUUUUCUUCACCAUGAAUUGAGUUCGUUUUGAUUAACAUGUUCUCUUUUUUUCUAAUGUAAGAAAUGUGAUUAUGUUUAUUAUCUUUCGCUCUUGAUCUAAUAUAAAUUUUUUUUUGUCUCUCUCUUUAUCUCAGAUCUGUCGACAUAGAAGAUAGAAAAAAAUAAUUUAACGUGAGGAAACAUGUAUUUUGCUUUUAUACAAUCCAACGGAACGAACGAGAUUGAAAAACCAAAGAUUGUAUCAAAUUCAAGAGUAAAAAAGCAUGCCUCAUUUUCUAAGCGGCGGCGAUGCAGAUGCUACAUUGACCCUGCCAUUGAGUUGCUUUCAGUUUCGGAAAGGUUUGAAUUUGGUAUCUGUCUGAUGGGAGGAUCUAAAAAAGUAUCCAAGUCUAGAAAUGCUGGAUUUAGCAAGUUGAAGGCUGCUGAGUCAUCGUCUUCAACAACCACCUAUUCAUCAAAACAUUAUCCUGAGACAUCUCUGGAUGAUAAUAGCUAUAGCUCCCUUACUUCUUCAUCUCCUCUAGGAAGCAGCAAGCUUCUGUUACAGUAUUCAGGGAAGGUACCGCCUAAGCCUUUGCAGUCCAAAGAAAAUGUCACUGUCACUGUUCGUUUUCGUCCCCUCAGUCCAAAGGAAAUCUGUAAAGGGGAAGAGGUUGCGUGGUAUGCUGAUGGGGAAACUAUUGUGCGGAAUGAGCAGAAUCAAUCAACGGCUUACGCCUAUGAUCGUGUUUUUGGGCCUACGACGACAACACGCCAUGUCUAUGAUGUUGCUGCUCAGCAUGUCGUUAAUGGUGCUAUGGCGGGGAUCAAUGGGACCAUUUUCGCAUACGGAGUGACAAGCAGUGGAAAAACUCACACUAUGCAUGGGGACCAAAGAUCUCCUGGUAUUAUACUACUAGCCGUGAAGGAUGCCUUCAGCAUUAUACAAGAGACUCCAAAACGAGAAUUUCUCCUACGUGUUUCCUACUUUGAAAUUUAUAAUGAGGUUGUCAAUGAUUUAUUGAACCCAGCAGGACAGAAUUUGAGGAUCAGAGAAGAUGAGCAGGGAACCUUUAUUGAAGGGAUUAAAGAAGAAGUUGUUCUAUCCCCUGCUCAUGCGCUUUCUCUUAUAGCAGCUGGAGAAGAGCACCGACAUAUUGGAUCCACAAGUUUUAAUCUACUUAGCAGCCGGAGCCAUACAAUGUUUACCCUGACCAUAGAGAGUAGUCCCUUAGGUGACAAUAACGAAGGUGGAGCUGUACACCUCUCGCAGCUGAACCUCAUUGACCUGGCAGGUUCUGAGAGCUCAAAGGCUGAAACCAGUGGUUUAAGGCGCAAGGAAGGGUCUUAUAUAAAUAAAAGUUUGCUGACUCUAGGGACUGUGAUAUCAAAGCUUACAGAUAGGAAGGCUAGUCAUGUGCCAUAUAGGGACUCUAAAUUAACCAGGCUGCUUCAGUCCUCACUGAGUGGUCAUGGACGUGUAUCUCUUAUUUGUACGCUGACUCCUGCAUCAAGCAACUCCGAAGAAACACACAACACAUUGAAAUUUGCCCAUCGUGCUAAGCAUAUCGAAAUUCAGGCCGCACGGAACAAGAUAAUUGAUGAGAAAUCAUUGAUCAAGAAGUACCAAUACGAGAUUCGCCAACUGAAGGAGGAGUUGGAACAGCUUAAACAAGGAAUCAAACCAGUUUCUCAGUUAAAGGAUAUCAGUGAAGAUAAUAUUGUUCUCCUAAAGCAGAAACUAGAAGAAGAGGAAGAGGCUAAAGCAACUCUCAUGAGUCGAAUCCAACGGCUUACAAAAUUAAUUCUCGUGUCUACUAAAACUCCACAAACAUCGCGGUUGUCUUAUCGUGCUGAUCCUCGGAGAAGACACUCAUUUGGAGAAGAAGAGCUUGCUUACCUACCUUACAAGAGGCGGGACUUGAUGGAUAAUGAGAACCUUGAAUUAUAUGUUUCUCGUGAAGGGACUCCUGAGACUAUAGAUGAUGCGUUUAGAGAAGAAAAGAAGACCAGGAAGCAUGGCCUGCUGAAUUGGUUAAAACUUAAGAAAAAAGACGACAGUUUCGGGGGAUCAGUCAGUGACAAGUCGAGUGUGGUCAAGUCCAACAGUACACCGUCAACUCCUCAAGGAGAAGGCAGUAAUUUUCAUACAGAAACUAGACUUACUGAAGACUCUGCAUUAGCGGAUCAACUCUUAGAGACUAGGGAAAAUAAAGAAGCUCAUGAAGACAGUUUUCAUGAGAUUGAGACACCUGAGACUAGAAUGAAAAUGAUUGACCAGAUGGAAUUACUGAGGGAACAGCAAAAGAUUUUAUCUGAGGAGAUGGCGCAACUAUCAAGAUCUUUUAAAUUGUUGUCAGAAGAGGCUGCCAAAGCCCCUCAAAAUGAAGACAUUAAAGCGGAGAUUAAAAACCUCAAUGGUGACAUUAAGGCAAAGAAUGACCAGAUGGCUACGUUGGGGAAACAAAUUUUGGAUUUUGUAAUAGCAUCACAUGAUGAAUUAGAUAAAUCUGAUAUCGUGCAGGCUGUUUCUGAAAUGAGGGCUCAACUAAAUGAGAAAUGUUUUGAACUCGAGGUUAAAGCUGCAGAUAAUCGUAUCAUUCAGGAACAACUCAACCAAAAGACAUGUUUAUGUGAAAAGUUGCAAGAAGAGGUUGCAAACCUAAAGCAGCAGCUCUCUGACGCCUUGGAACUGGGAGAUAUCAGCUCUGUCACAAGUCACAUGCAACAAUUAUCUGGAUCCCCAAGUAAAGACGAAGAAAAAGCCAUUGAAGCACAGGCAUUUGAGAUUGAGGAGCUUAGACUGAAAACUGAAGAGCUAAGUGAGUUGAAGGAACAACUAGAACUCCGAAACAAUAAACUUGCUGAAGAGAGUUCAUAUGCGAAAGAGCUUGCUUCAGCGGCUGCUAUUGAGCUUAAGGCAUUGUCUGAGGAAGUAGCAAGACUUAUGAAUGACAACGAGAGACUAGCAGCUGAUCUGGCAGCAGUGCAUAAGGGCUCUGUUACACCACGGGGCAAGAUAGGAAACCUGAGGAACGGAAGGAGGGAAAAUCAUACAAAGAGAAAAGAGCAAGACAGCUCGUUGAUAGAACUGAAGAGAGAACUGAUCAUGAGCAAGGAACGUGAAGUUUCAUUUGAAUCUGCUCUAGUUGAAAAAUACCAGAAGGAAGCCGAGCUACAAAGAACAGUAGAAGAGUCUAAAGAAAGAGAAGCACAUCUAGAGAAUGAACUUGCUAAUAUGUGGGUUCUUGUUGCCAAGUUGAGAAGAUCCCAAGGAGCUGAUUCAGGUAUAUCUGACUCAGUAUCAGAGACGCAACAAAUCAACCAUACUGGGACUUAAGUGAUAAUUUGUGAUUAGUUUCUUGAGUUUGUACAUUUGUAUGCAAUUCUCAUUUCCUUCGUGGGCUUGAUUUUUUUGGUUUGUUGAUAAUAAUACUUGAAAGGAAAGUAUCCCGAAGGCAAAUCUUUUGUGCAAA